AUGGCUCCAGCUGCUAAGCCACAGGUCAAGAAAAAUGCUGAGAACAUCAACUCUCGCCUCUCCAUGGUCAUGAAGACCGGACAGUACGUCCUCGGAUACAAGCAGACCCUAAAGUCCCUUCUCAAUGGAAAGGCCAAGCUUGUCAUCAUUGCCAACAACACCCCACCACUCAGAAAGUCCGAGAUCGAAUACUAUGCUAUGCUCGCCAAGACUGGAGUCCAUCAUUACAACGGAAACAAUAUCGAGCUAGGAACCGCUUGCGGACGUCUCUUCCGUGUAUGCACCCUCGCUGUUACAGACGCCGGAGAUUCCGACAUCAUCCUCAGCGUUCCAUCGGAGAGCGCAUAA